AUGGCCGUGCGGCUGCUUGUUCUCCUCCCGCUCGCGGUCGCGGCCAGGGAAUCUGCGAAGGACAGGCUCGAUCGCUUUUAUGAUCGAAUGAGCCCGGCGGAGUGCGGGGUGAAUGUGGGUUGCCUGGCAAGACACGGCGACCUAGCGAAAGUCCAGGCGCUGUUGCCAGGCAACUUAUUCCAUUGUGACUCUUUGGACGAAGCUGCUGCAUUUGCCCACAAUGACAUCGUUGAGUACCUCCUAAAGAAUGCCAAAGGUUGCCAGACGGCAGACCCCCUGGAGGAGGCUGCCAGCGAUAACCAGGUGCAGACAAUGGAAGCCCUUCUUAACUUCAACGGUACGACCGACUACCAGAGCUCCUGUGGCUUCACGCCGCUGACGGGCGCUGCCCAGAAUGGCCACAUGCGGGCCGUGGAGGUCUUAUUGGAGCGCAAAGCAGCCCCUGAGUUUCAGGACAGGUACAACUUCACCGCGCUCAUGUGGGCGGCGAAGAAUGGGCACCAGAAGGUAUUCCAGUUCUUACUCCAGCAUGGAGCCACAUUGAAGAACCCCUGGGCCGUGGAUCCUAGGACCAACUUACCCAUCUGGGCUCAGAUUGAGGACAAGGGCAUGCGGGAAUGGUGGGAAUCGCGGAUGACGGUCUCCCGGCUCCUGCGCAAAGUCUCUAUGAGCAGAGAGACCUAUUAUGCCCUGAUCGCCGGAGUGCUGCUGGCGCUUGUUCUGGUCGUGGUCCAACAUUGGCUGGAGGGCGUGCGCAUGUGUUCUUCCUACCCGGAGACAUCUUCCCUCGGGCCAGGCACACUAACCCUGAAGGAGGAGCAUCUGCAGGAGACUCAUGUAUGCGGGGAGGGCCUUUGUGAGGACCAGGAGCCCUUCCGUGCAGGUGCUUACCUCCUUGCGGCCAGGGCAGCCAUGCCUUCCGUGAAGGGCUUGGCACUCAGAUUGUUGCGAAUCGCAGAAGCCUUUGCAAACGUUGUGGCAGUCUUUGGCUAUGGCAUGGUGCGGGUGGGGUGGGUCUACUGGCUCCCAGCGGUGGUACUUUCCUUCCUCUUGCCGGCUAUGUAUCACCUGCCGUUCGCUGUGCUGCUGCGACAGCCGGCUUUGGUGAUUGCUGCCCACAGCCCUGUCACAGCACUUGUCGCACUCGUCCGCAUCAUGGUCUUGGGAGGGCUUGUGUUGUUUGAAGAUGACACCAGCCCUGCUCUAAAGCAGAUCAACGCCAGGUUGAAAUCAGACUGGGCUGAGCAGAUGUUGCUGGAAGAGAAUCCGAUUGAUGGGCUGCCCCUUCCACAUGUGACCAUGAGGGACCUGAUCCAGAAGAGUGCACCCCUGGCUGCCUGUUUUGUGGUUGCUUAUGUGUUGGCUCUCCUGAUCUACCUCGCCACUCAACAGCAGCAGGCAGCCGCAGUAGAAGACUUCAUCAAGAAAAUUGAAGACAAGGUCCCACAGCUCUUAAACUUCCACCCGGAAGAAACGGCUGAAGAAGAAAAAGGCGGUUGGCCUGAAGACGUGAAACCUGAAGUGGCCUGCCGAUGUAGCAUGAGCUGCCUCAACGUGAAAAUCUUUCUCUAUCUCCUCGACAUUGUUCUCGACUUCGUCACCGUUGUCUCACUCCUGGCUUCGGACAACUUCAUCUUUGCCUUCGUUCUGACGGCAAUUAUCUUCCGAACCUUCUUCCAGGAGCUGUGCUAUGGCAGUCCAUGCAGCAUCUGCGAGUCCUUUCGCCGAAGCACGGAGAGGGGCAUCAUGCACAAGGUCUUGCUCAAGGUCUUGAACGAGGAGAAGUCCUUCGAGGGCGUCCUGAGCCUGGCCCUGACCUCCUACUCCUACUACUUCUGCAUCUUGUCGCCUCUUCAGGGUGUAAGUCAGGCGCUGAGCAUCGCCCUCAGUGCCUAUGGUGUGGGGGAGAUCGUCUAUGAGCAGAUCGACCUGAGCCUCAUGAAGCUGAGCACGUUGCGCAACAUCCAGGAAGACACUGACCCGGAGGAGUCUGAGACCUCCAUGUGGGGACACGAGUCGGAGCAGUGA